UAUGACGUCAACGCAGAGCAGAAGAUAAUUUCCUUUUUUUAGCAGACUUGAUGCAUUGGAAGCUUGGAUGUCACAAUAUGUAUUUCCUUCUUUUCUUCAUAGUCUUGGAUAAAUGUUUGGCUGGGCCUGGAGACGCGGGUUUGCGUGUGCUGCUGCAAAAUCCUUACAACCAGGAAUUAAUAACUCACUUAGGUACACGAUACGAGAUCGUGAAUCCAAUCCAAAUAAGGCAAGAAUGGGGACGGCGUCUUUCUACACGUGCAACGACAGUUAAUGGAACGGUUACUCAUCUACCUCAUACAUCUUUAUUCAUUGAGACUUAUGAACACAAGUUGCACUUGGAUUUAGUACUAAAUAAAAAUUUGUUUCCACAAACAUUAGUGCAAUUUAUAUAUGAAAAAGGUGGGCCUCCUCUCGCAUUACAAGAGAUACCUGAGAAUUGUUAUUACCAUGCCACUAUCAGAAAUUUUCCUGAUGCCUCUGCUGCAUUUUCUACUUGCAAUGGAAUUAAAGGAAUUAUACUUCUGGAGAAUAAAGUGUUUCUUCUACAGCCAUUGCAAGGAAACCAUUCGGACAAUCAUCCUCAUUUAUUAUAUCACAUCACAACGGAUCAGUUCCUGAAUUGCGCAACUACAAAGGAUGCAGACAAUCCACACGAAAAUAUGUUUCGUUUUAUUCCUAAAGAGAAUAUUCUUCAGAGGAAUAAAUUCAUCGAGAUUGCUGUUGUAAUUGAUCAAAUACUGUUUGAACGGUACAAUCUACAUCCGACAGAAGUUAUAACAUCCACCAUAGAAAUGGUUAAUUAUGCUGAUUUGUUUUAUCGACCGUUGAGUACAUCGAUAAGCGUAGUUUUCAUCGAAAUAUGGAUAGACGAUCAAAUGAUAAUUGAUGCUGAUAUAUCGAAGAGCCUGAAAGACUUCGAAGAGUACUCGGAUCGAAGAAUAAAGAGAAUAUCUGUUGAUGCUGCUCAUCUGCUGUCGGGGUUGCAUUUUAAAGCGAGCAGAAAAGGCUUAGCUAAUGUGGAUACUAUUUGCACAGCCAAAGCUGUAGGCAUAACAAGUGUUACUGAUGUUUACCAGUUUCAUAUAACUGCCCUUAUAUUAGCUCAUUUGAUUGGACACAAUCUUGGGAUGGUCCACGAUCAUGCAGAUUGCGCUUGUUCAAACAAUAAACAGUGCAUUAUGUCAAAUAACAUUCCAUAUUUCCAAUCAACGGUAUUUUCCAACUGCAGUAUUCAAAAGUACUACGAAACAUUAGACAAAGGAUACGGAGCAUGCCUGUUCAAUAGGCCUUCAAUGAGAAUGUCCAUUUGUGGAAAUAGCAUCGUCGAAGAAUCAGAAGAAUGUGACUGUGGUCCCCCAGAGGAAUGCGCCAAGCAUAACCCUUGCUGCAAUCCUGUAACGUGCAAACUUAUCAAGCAUGCCGAAUGUUCCACUGGAGUGUGCUGCAAGAAAUGCAAGCUGUUAUCUUCCGAUUUCUUGUGCAGACCAUCAAAAGGAGAAUGCGAUAUCCCAGAAUUCUGUAACGGGAUAGAAGGAGAGUGUCCUCCUGAUCUAUUCAAGAAAAAUGGUGCCAUCUGCUCAGGAGGAUUGGGAUACUGUUUUCAAGGAGAUUGUCCACUUUUGAAGAGACAGUGCCAGGACAUCUGGGGAGAAAGCGCCGAAAGUGCUAACGCCGCUUGCUACGAGAAACUAAAUGUCUUGGGAACACCUAACGGAAACUGUGGAUUCGAUAAUAGAGGAGAAAUACAAAAGUGCACAAUUGAAGAUUCUUAUUGCGGAUCCUUACAGUGCAGUGAAGGUGAAAAAACGCCCAUCGCCAAGGAGGUCCUCCCAAUCGAUUUUGUUGUUUACAAAAUGAAUGCCGAAGGCUCAGUUCAUGAGUGCAAGACACGAACAUUUUCGUCUUUUGAUUUGAUGCAUGGCUUAGUAAAAGAUGGAACUAAAUGCGGAUUCCAGAAAAUGUGUCUGAAUCAAACGUGCAGCAGCAUUAGAAACAUUAUUACUGGUAAAUGUCCGUUGGAAGAAUUCCAAGCUACGUGUUCUGGACACGGGACUUGCACAAAUAUAAAUACCUGCUACUGCGAAGAAGGCUGGAAAGGAUAUGAUUGCAGUACAGUAGAUGAAGAAAGUCUUCGAGGAAGUACCAAAAGCAAUACUGAUUAUUAUGAUUCCACGGGAGAAUCCCUGCUGGAGAAUUCUCAAUAUGGUGAAAAUGAACUUCAAUUGAAUCCAAAUUUGGCGAUAACUGUUUUAGCAGGAUGUGUGAUUAUAGGACUACUUCUUGUAGUAGUUGCAGUUAUGUUCAUUUUCUACAGAAACUUAUGGACAACAAAAAGUUCCACAACAAGAAGAUAGGAAAGCAGUUGUGAAUUAUUAUAGCAUUAGAUCAAUAAAAUAAUUAAGAGUAAAAUUACAAAUGACGGAAAAAGAACUUUUUGUACAAUUUAACAUCAAUAUUAAAAAGAUGUCUUCACUAAAAUCAAGAAAAGGGUGUUUCUUUUUCUUUACUGAAGAAAGGAAAGGAGAACUUUCAUCCCCUUCAUAAUUAAUUUGAUGAUAAUCAAAAUGCUUACUAAAUAUGUCAAUCUUCAACUACCAAAUUACACUACAUAUUUUAAUAAAAUAAUUUUGUGUCAAUAAUUACAUCUGCAGUUCUGCUGUCAGGCGAACCGAAAUUACAACCUUAUGUUAGUUUAGUUUUCUUUUUCCGACAUUUUUUAAAAAUUGUUCAGAAUUUAUUUAUUUUGGUAAAUUUUGCUAUAUUGUUUACUGUGUUGUAUAUGUAAUAAACAGAUUCAUUAGAGCAAAUAAAAUGUUAAGAUUUUAAAACGAUAGAAUUUCUUCGAAGAGAAAAUUUAAUCUAUACAAAAACAGAAAAUGUUAAAAAUAAAAUCUUUAUAACAAGCAAUGCCACCUAUCUCAUUACCUAAAUUUUAAAAUAUGAUAAAGACUGUUAUUUCACCCUUGUGAAAAGUUUAGUUCAUUUUCACUUAUGGUUUUUUGAAAACUGAGGAAGAUGGUGUUGCUUGAUAAGCAAUGAUAAAUGAUUUAAAGAUUUUUUUUUUCUUUUUUUUUUGGAAUGAAAAUUGUUAAAUCCUCUUUUAGAAAUGAGUUGUGGCAAAAUAUUGUCUUAUAGACAGUGUUUUACAAUUUGUAUAGUGCACACAAUUAUUU